AUGUCCACAUCAAGAAUGACAUCCAACAAAACACCAACUGCCAGAGAAUACGGCUUCAACGCCAAUCAAGGCGUAAACUGGUCCGACUACCUCACCUUCCGGCCAAUCUACCCACCCUCCUUCUUCGAGAAAGUCUUCACUUACCACUCCCAAAAGUCCCACUCCACUUGGUCCCUCGCCCAAGAUAUCGGGGCCGGCUGCGGAAUCGUCUCAUCGAGUAUUGCCCCGCACUUCAACAAAGUGAUCGUCUCAGACCCUAACGACGGAUACACCGCGCUCGCUCAUAGGGUCCUCGUCGAAGAAUCCCGCCUGCCAGAAUCUAAGUUCCGGUUCCUGCAGGAAAGUGCCGAAAGGAGCUCUGUGGAAUCUGACUCGGUCGAUCUGAUCAUGGCAUGUGAGUGUAUCCACUGGACAAAGCCGGAAAUUGCGAUUGCAGAGUUUGCGCGAGAGUUACGCGCGGGUGGGACGCUUGUUAUCACGCAUUAUAAUUAUCCACGCAUUGUUGGGAACGAGAGGGCUCAGAGGGCUUGGACAGCUGUCUGUACAUUUUAUGCGGGUGAGGUUCAUGACCCGAUGCUUGAUCAUGCGUUGAGGAUUCUGAAUUCUGGGACUGAGGCUUUAGGGUUCCCUGUAGAGGAUUGGGAGGGGGUGAAGAGGCUGUAUGUUAAUGCUCGGGGGAGUAUUGAGGCAUUUAGGAUUAAUGAUCGAAUUGGUGAUAGUCAGGUUAGGGAUGGGGAGGAGAUCGUCUGGGAGGAGGAGGAUGCGGAUUGGAUGGAUGAGCAGGACUGUGACUGGUUCAAGGGCUAUGCAUCUACCUGGACGACACCUAAUGUAUCAGAGUCAGACAUUAAUCCGCUGUGGGAUGAGAUGGAGAGAAAUUUUGAGGGGAACAAAGUGAAGACUGCUACGCCACUUGCUAUGGUCUUUGCUACGAAGAGAUAUAGCUGA